GGUGUCCAUUUCGAAGGAGGUGAUCACAAAUUUUCCCUCCAUAUUUGCAUCUCUCACUCUCAGAUUGGUUAGUAAUAUCGUGGAGUCUGGCGCGCGCUUUAUCGCUCCCUUUCUUGGUUUCCGCUCUGCGAUAGUUUGAUCGGCACGGAACAGAAACUUGAACUGAAUCACAUCUUCUUGCUCUGCGAACUGUCGACGAUGGAAGAGUAUUUGCAGUACAUGAAGACACUGCGCUUCCAAAUGAAUGACGUGGAGGAUCAAGCUAUGAAGAUCUCUGUCGAAGAGCAUAUGCACUUUGCUACUAUUCAAACCAUGGAGAACGAUCUCACCUCUGGUCAAGUCUCUACUUCUAGUCUUCUAGUUCGUUAUCUGUUUAUCUUAACGUUAUUCCUUCUGCAUCUAGUAAAAUAUUUCAGAACGUACAUUUUUAUAUUUUUUUUUACUGAGAUUUUGCAGAUUUAUUCUCUCUUUUUUCCUAGCUCGUCCUCGAUUAGUUUUAUUUCACGUCAGAUGGUUCCGAGGGUGUCUAACUGAUUAUUCUUAUCAUUUUUUUGCUCAAAACUUCAUAGCAUCUAGUUUGCCUUUUGCUCACGUUUUCUCCCCGUUUUCUAAAUUCUUCUGAUAUAUAUACAUAUGGAUGGAGGAUGAACUUAUUUGAAAGCAGUUCUGGUUACUUCAUGCCAUUUUCCUGUACUCUGCCGACUACAACCAUGAAUACAGGGUGAAAUUGAAGGAUUUUGCUGUUUUUAUUACAACGGCAACUGAAUAAUUCUUCUAAUCUAUUCAGAGACUAGCAUAGACCUUUUGUCCUCAAACAAGUUGAUGCGUUUAGUCCUAAAAUCUAUUUGAAUACUUUUUUUUUUGCCAAGGCAUUUCAAAGUGGUAAAAUAAUCCUGUUUGAAGAAUGUCAUAAUUCAUAUCGGCAAUACAUUAUUACGUGAAUUGAUUAACAAAAACCUAAGAACGUUCGUCUUCUUCUAAGUUGAUCCAACAUAUUUUCCAGUGAACCUAAUGUGAUAUCGAACUUCUUUACUUUCAUCUUAGGCAUAAUCCUUCUUUUUUUUUAAAAAAAAAAAAAGACUAAACUUUUGGUGCACAUCUAGAAUGCUGUCAUUAUGAUCCAGUGCCAUGUAAUGCGUAGUGUGUCCUUGAAGUAUUUUCAUUUCGUCUCAUUCUGCUCUUACUUCAGUCAGAUUUAGUUUUUUUUUUUUUUUAUAUAUAUAUAUAUCUUGCUGAUAUGAUAACUCCCAAAUACUAUAGAACCAUUACGUAAAUCAACCAAACAGAACUGAUUCAUCUUUCAUUUUAUUUACCUAUUUUUAUUACCUAAUCCAGUACUAUUCUAGAAGGCUUUUAAUAUAGUAUGUUAUCUUAUAUUGAUGAUUUUUGAAUGAAUAAUCAAUUACCUUUUGGAUUAACAUUCUAAUUUCUUUAUUGGAGGCGCCUUCACCAUACUUUGUCUUACAAAUCCAUUAUUUGCUUGUAGUUCUCAUGUAAUGCUGAUUAGCAGCUGUUGCCGUUGGAAUACUUUCUGUUGAGAAUUGGUCGGCUGAAUGAACUUAGGCACAAUUUGUUCCAUGUUCAGUUUAGUUUCGGGCCUGUGACCGCUUGUUGGCAGCGUCAUUGCAUCUCUUGUUAGCUCAAGUUGCCAGCAGACUUAAUUCAAAAAGUGAGUUAAAACAACUCAAUGAAGAUGCAGAGCGAAUGAUGAGGGCUAAGGGUGAAAUAUGCUUCCAGAUAUUGGAAAAACAAAGAAAAAUAGCCUCUUUGGAGUCUGACAUAGCUACACUUUCUCAGACUCUCAAGCUCAUUCAGCAAGAAAAAGUCAGCUUAGGAGCCAAAAUUAUUGAGAAGAGUACUUAUUAUGCCAAAGUUGCUGAGGAGAUCAGUCUCAAAUUCCAAGAUCAGCAGGAUUGGGUAAAUGCUAACAUGAUCCGCAGAGAAGUGGGAGAACACGAAUUGGUUAAACUUGAAACUGCCAAGCGAGCAAGUGAAACGGAAGGAUUUUCUGAUACAGUUGGAGGGAUCUCUGGCACUCGUAUAUACUGCAAUCCUAACAAUCUGGUGGAAGAGAGGAAAGAUCUAUUGGGUAAGUUGGAAUCUGCGGAAGCUAAACUUAGUCAAGUUCUAAAGAGGAAAUGUGCACUUGUUUUGGAGAAGUCCAAGAUUGAACAGUCAAUUGAGGAACUUAAGAACGAGUUAAAUGAUUUCAAGCCAGAACUCAGAGCAAUGGAUGAUGUUACAUUGGAGGAAGAGUGCAAGGCUCUCUUAUCAGAUCAAGCCGGAGAAACUGAGUAUUCACGAUCACUUCAAGACCAAAUUGCAAAACUGAAGGGAAUUUCCCGUGUGAUUAAAUGCACUUGUGGAAAGGAAUACAACGCUGGAGUAGGCUUAUGUACAUGAUAAUGCGAACAGUUCUGUAGGUUGGGAGAGUGAAGAAGAAAUGGGUCAUGGGACAAGCUAACCACUAUGCAGGUAAUUGAGGGGGGAAUAGAUGUUUGAUGGUGGUCCUGUGCUAGAAUUUGUCAAAAACUUAACUUGCUGAAGGGUAAUUGCUUCUCUUUCCAAUGUGCUAUUUUCUAUUUUUUACGAUAGUAAUGUGCUAGGUUCUUGAUCCUAUUGUUGUGGAAAACGUUGUUACUACUCAAGCUAAUAAAUAGUUCUUCUCAGUUCAUAAUUCUUUUUCAUUGGAAAACAACUUAGUUGGAUAAAAUACUGAAAUCAAACUAUUUUUUAUUGUGCAACCGCUGUGGACAUUAAUGCCAGCAAUUUGUUUUGAAAAUUAUUUUACGAUUGUUAUUUUGC